UUAUUUCACUUCCGGUGCGAAAAUUUAAAUUUGACCUUAACAUUUAAAAGAUGCAAGUACGAUUGGUGCAUUCUUCCUGAUUUCUAAGUUUGUUAUUUUGCAGUAUUAUGCGACUUUUCUUGGCCUAUACUUGUAAAAGUGUUUUAUAAAUGGUGAAGAUAAUGUUGAUUCAAAUGCACUUAGCUGCACUGCUACUCAUUGGUUCAGCAACUCCAAGAUCACCAAGAAUAUAUAAUGUUCUUAUAAGUUCAAAGAAAAAUUUAUCGCCAAGUCAUGCUCUACCGAUUUAUGAACCCGUAUUAAGAACAACAUCUUUAGGCUACAUCUUUCCAACUCUAAUAUAUCAGCCAUCCAUUAUAAGCCCAAUAGCACAAUAUGAAUAUAAUCAGUACCAAAAAGGCAGUGGAGGAGAAAAUUCCGAUGGUGGUGGAAAUAUAGAGGGGGCGAGCAAUAUUGAUUCGCCAAAUAAUAUCCAAAAGACGAUACCUAAAAUAACUGAAAGGGAUAAACAAGUACACGAAAAUAAAGAACAACUAAACAACAAAUUCUUGCCAUACUACAAUCCAGGUCCAGCAAAUCAGAAACCAGGCCCAACCUAUGCAAAAACAGAACCCACUGAUCCAAAACAAAUUGUUGCCAACUUGAAAAGGAACCCAGAAAUUCCUGACAUUCCUCCUUUACCUUUACCAGUCAGAGUCUCCUAGAUCUGACUAUUUGUACGUAAUAUUAAAAAGUGAUUUAACUACCAUAAAUCAUGGAAAAUUCUCCAUUACUAAUAGUGAAAAUCUAGUAAAACAUAUUGUGCAACACCUGAUUAUAUAUUUUAAAAAACUGAAGGAUAGUGAACAACAA